AUGUAUUGCUUUACCGUAUUAGGAUUAUUGUUAACAUUUACCGGCAGUGCCAUUGCUCAUACAUAUCAUCUGGGAGCAUGUCCCGUAGUCGAACCAAUGCCUGGAUUUGAAAUGAAUAAGCUCUUAGGAGUGUGGUACGUGAUUCAAAAGACUUCUACCGCGUCGCAUUGCAUCACAUACAAUUUCACUAAAACCGACGAGCCCGGCACUUAUGAAAUAGACCAGGUCUCCCAGCACUUCCUUUUAGGCUUGACUCCUCUCGAACACGACUACAGAUACAAAGGAGUCCUCACUGUACCCGAUCCAGCAGUGCCCGGUAGAAUGAAAGUGAGAUUUCCAUUAAGCGUAGCGGGCUCUGCGAGCUAUACAGUUUUGUCAACAGAUUACACCACAUACGCCGCCAUAUUCACGUGCCAGAAGCUUGCGUUUGCACACAGACGCUCGGCGACCAUACUUUCCCGCACAAAGGAACUUGAUAAGAUGUAUGUAGACAAGAUGCGUACAAAGUUGGCGUCGUUCGGCGUCGACCCAUACGACUUGUCGAUCAUCACACAAAAUGGUUGUCCUAAACAUCCCAACGGCACGGAGGGUGUUAACAUCAACAUAAACCCCAACACUUUCUCUUCCCACAACAUUGGGGAGGCUGUGAGAAAGACUGGUGGUGUUAUUGCUGAUGGCGUAGAAUACGUAGUGGAAGCUGGAAAGAAAGUCUACCAUAAAGUAACUGAUAGCAAGGAAGACCUCACUGAACCGCCUGCAUCGCACGGAGACCGCCUGUCUGCAAGACCAGAUGAUGACGCUGAAUGGUUGCCUUAG